GUCUUGAAAUAAUUUUGAUGAAAAUUAUUUGCCUGCUUUUCUGAAGCAGCUCCUACUUCAACCAUGCGCCUAUGUGCGCGAACUUUGAUUUUAACGAACAAAACGUCACUCGUUCAUUCGGGUUUCCGUUCUACACCAAUCAACACCUACCAAAAAAAUGGCGGACGCAGCUCCAGCCCAGCGUGGUGGUUUUAGAGGAGGUUUUGGUUCUCGCGGCGGCGGUGGACGUGGAGGACGAGGUCGCGGACGGGGUCGUGGUCGUGGACGCGGUCGUGGCGGAAAGGAAGACUCGAAGGAAUGGGUUCCAGUGACUAAACUGGGUCGUCUGGUUCGCGAAGGCAAGAUUCGUACCUUGGAGGAAAUCUAUUUGUACUCUCUACCCAUCAAAGAGUUCGAAAUCAUCGAUUUCUUCCUGAGCCGUUCGCUGAAGGAUGAAGUGCUGAAGAUCAUGCCUGUCCAGAAGCAAACUCGUGCUGGUCAGCGCACCCGUUUCAAGGCUUUCGUCGCCAUCGGCGACAGCAACGGCCACAUUGGUCUUGGCGUUAAAUGCAGCAAGGAAGUGGCCACUGCUAUUCGUGGUGCCAUCAUUCUGGCUAAACUGUCCGUUGUUCCGGUCCGUAGAGGCUACUGGGGUAACAAGAUCGGUAAACCCCACACCGUGCCGUGCAAGGUUUUCGGUAAGUGCGGUUCAGUCUUGGUCCGCCUGAUCCCUGCUCCUCGUGGUACCGGUAUCGUAUCGGCCCCAGUUCCCAAGAAGCUGUUGCAAAUGGCCGGUAUCGAGGAUUGUUACACCAUGACUCGCGGUUCGACUACAACUUUGGGUAAUUUUGCGAAGGCAACCUAUGCGGCCAUUGCCAAGACGUACGCUUUCCUGACUCCAGAUUUGUGGAAGGAUCUGCCAUUGAGCAAGACCCCAUAUCAGGAGUACGCCGAUUUUCUGGAAAAGACCAGCAAGACUGGUCAGCGCAUUAUUGAAUUGUAAAUUCAUUGCUUCCAGAUGUUGAAUUCCAAUCGGACGUAACAAUCAGGCACAAUAAACAUUUUGUGGCGAGAACACAAAA